AUGUCUGCAACACCCCGUGACGACCUCGAGCCAGAGACCACUGAGGGUUUCGUGGUGGGAGAGAAGAAGACAAUCGAUGAGUACCAACAGCUAGACCAAAAUGAUGAGUCUCUUCGAAAAUGGAAGGAGUCUCUCGGAAUCGGCUCUGGUACUCCUAUCGCAGACCCCAAUGAUCCUCGUCGUGUGGUGAUCCUCUCCUUGGGUUUGGAAGUUGAAGGCCGGCCCGACAUCAUUCUGGACUUGGAAAAGGCAAACGCUCUUGAGGAUCUCAAGAACCACCCUUUCACCAUCAAGGAAGGCUGCACUUUCCGCAUGAAGGCGAGGUUCCGCGUGCAGCACGAUGUCCUUAGUGGAAUGAAGUAUGUGCAGGUCGUGAGCAGGGCGGGCUUGAAGAACAAGUCGCAGGAAAUGAUUGGCUCUUACUCGCCAAACACGACGGACAAGAGGGAAUACGAGAAGAAGUUCGAGGCCGACACUGCUCCCUCUGGCAUGCUCGCAAGAGGUAAAUACAAGGCUGUCUCCAAAUUCAUCGACGACGACAGCCACACUCAUUUGCAGUUCGAUUGGACCUUCGAGGUCAAGAAGGAAUGGUAG